AUGACUUGCUCCCAGGCGCUAGCGCUGCUCGCGCUCGUCGCCAUCUCGCAACAGGCAACAACAGGAUGCAAAAAUUGUAUAAUGCUGGGUAAGGAGGAGAAGGCGAUGUUCCGCGCGCACUCGGACGCGUGCGUGGCGGCGUCGCGCGUGGAGCCGCGCCUCGUGGACGCCAUGCUGGCCGGCGAGCUGCUGGACGAGCCCGCGCUGCGCAAGCACGUCUACUGCGUGCUACUCAAGUGCAAGCUCAUCAGCAAGGACGGCAAGCUGCAGAAGGCCGCCGUGCUCGGCAAAAUGGCGGCACGACCUGACGCUAAAAACGCUACCAAGGUUCUAGAGAGCUGUGCAGAUCAGACGGGCGAUACUCCUGAAGACCUGGCGUGGAACCUCUUCCGCUGUGGCUAUGACAAGAAGGCGCUGUUGUUCGACUACAUGCCCACUAACGUCGCCAGCGAGACUGACAACAACUCCUAACUAGUUCGUUGUGCUCUCCAGAGGUGGCGCUGUUAAUAAUUAGCUUUAUGGUUUAUAUUUAGUUCAGAGAUAGCACUAUGUAACACUUGUUUCAGUUCAUGAAUAUACCUUAUACCUUCGAACCAUUGUUUCCAAAAUAUUUUCUUUAUCGACAUUAUACCCUUGCAAAGUUAUAUGUGUCAUUAUAUAUUCACUAACAACACAUGCCGUGUUUCAUUUGGAGAAAUAUUAUUAUUAAUAUCGGUA